ACGGCCCGAAUAAGCGCAGGUCGGAGGUGGUUUCAAAUUUCUCAUCGUAGUGUCGAACCCACGGCUCUUUCGCUGCGGUUUUGUUCGAGAAGGCGAUAGCGAAGCGAUUCCAAAUUAGCUAAGGAAAUAGAAAAAAAGUUGAGAAUGGCAAAGUCCACCUCCAGCGAUGCUCAGAUGCUCAUUCGUUCUCUCCGUACUGCUUAUGCUGCCACGCCAACUAAUCUCAAAAUCAUUGAUCUUUACGUGGUGUAUGCUAUCGUUACAGCUGUAAUUCAGGUUGUCUACAUGGGAGUAGUAGGGUCAUUUCCAUUUAACUCUUUCCUCUCUGGAGUUCUCUCUUGUGUAGGUACAGCGGUACUUGCAGGUAUGAAGUGUAAUUCGGAUACCUUUUUUCCUGCUACUCUUUUUAAGAAAAUUAAUUGUUCUUGCACUUUUAUACGUGAUGAUACAGUUUGUCUUCGAAUUCAAGUCAAUAAAGAGAAUAAGGAAUUUAAGGAUCUACCACCAGAACGAGCUUAUGCUGAUUUUAUUCUCUGCAAUCUAGUGCUCCAUCUUGUCAUCAUGAACUUCCUGGGAUAGAGAAGUUUUCUCUUGGUGCAUCAUGAGGCAUAGAAUUAUUUCUGAUACUUUUUGUCGGACUUUAAAGUGGUAGAACAUCUUAGAGUUUCGUCAUGUAUAAACCUAAUGAUCUACAUGCCCGAUAGUUUGCGCUUGUUGUUUCGUGAAUUGAUCAUCAUCACUUUCAAGAGGUUGUUCUUUCUGGAUGUUCUGCCAUAAAAAUGACGUAGCAUGAUAGUUUAUUUAUUUUGCUUUCA